AUGCCUUUGGGAUAUGCCACGCUCGAGACGCAUCGCUCGCUGAAAGCGCGUAUCCGGCAGCGGUAUGGAGACCAGCUGCAUGUCGACACCGUUGCACCUUUGUGCGGAGCCGCCCAGCACCCACGCUGGGCACAAUUGGGUCUUGCGUCGACGUCAGCGACGACGCUGGCCGACGCUGUGGACCAAUGGCACAUUGCCGAGCCUGCGAAGCGGGCCAAGAUGAAUGCGCUGGGUCCAAAUUAUUCGCCCGAGGAAGAAGUGAUUCGCAACGACUAUAACCAGUAUUUUAUCGACUCGGGUCUCGUAACGCUGCCCGCGAGCUGGAUCAUGAAUACGUCGUACGAGAAGCGGUUCUAUGAGCACCCACGUCUCCAGCGGCUUCUUGCAGCGAAGCGCGAGUUAGUCGAAACCCAUUCGAUUCCUGCGACGUACUGCAAAACGGAUUUGCGUACGUGGAUGCCUACUGUCGACCGGCCGCAUGCGCUCCCCCCCGAACUGCGCCGAAUGCAAUACGACGUAAUUUUGCUCGAUCCACCUCUAGCAUCCUACGCGUGGGACGAGCCUGGGCACGUUAGAGAGAGCUCAUGGACAUGGGACGAAAUAGAGGCGCUUCCUAUUCCACAGCUCGCGUCCCACGAUAGUUUUAUCUUUUUGUGGGUCGGCAGCGGGACUAGCGAUGGGUUGGAGCGUGGACGUGAAGUGCUUGCGCGGUGGGGCUACCGUCGGUGCGAAGAUAUCGUAUGGGUGCGCACCCGCGACGCGUCCAACGCAUCGCUGCUCAACAAUACUGUCCAGCACUGCUUGAUGGGGAUCCAAGGCACUGUCGUACGGAGCACGGAUUCCUUCUUUGUGCAUUGCAAUGUCGACACGGACGUGAUUGUGUGGGAGGGCGAGCCAGACGUUCCUGGCGGCCGCAUCUCGCUGCGCAGCAAGCCACACGAGCUGUACCAUACCAUUGAAAACUUUUGUCUCGGCACGCGCCGACUCGAGCUGUUUGGAAGGAAUCGAAACCUGCGGCGCGGCUGGCUCACUGUGGGACAGGACUUGGGCCCCGAUGCAAAAGGAUGGAAGGAGCAAGCGGUGCCGCUCAGCGCAACGUAUCUGUACCAAUUCGGCGAGGACAUACAAGGAUGUCCAUUGUCUAUGCGCUCCAAUAAACUACCUUUUUCGGAGGAGUGCGAGCUGCUGCGGCCAAAAACGCCGCCACGCUUACAGCGCGGCAGACAAGCACAGGCGCUGGUGGCGUAUGCGCCCCAGCAAGCGCCAAUUGCCAUGUACAGCCCACAGUACCCGGCUUAUGCGCCGAUGCCCACCUACCUCUAUCCCCAUACCUAUCCCUACCCGGGUAUGAUUCCACCUCCGUACCCGUACCCCAUGUAUCAUGCGCCGCAUGCGCCAGUGCCAUUUUCGCCAAGCGUCCCCUCGCACGUAUACCGGCCCCAGCCGCAGCGCAGUGCAUUGCUGUGCCAAGGAGCAGGACGUCGCGAGCGAGUGAGUGUCCCUAGCGGCAGCGAACGGUUCAGCGGCGCGCAGAUGCAGGUGCUCGACUAG